UGAAAAGGUGGGUUUCGCGCUGCAUCCUGGGUACAUAGCUGCGCUGUGAUGCAGUGAGUCUGUUGUUGUGUUGACUGGAAACCAAAGUAGACGGGGGAGGGUCCGCUGCGCUCCGGGGAGGCGUCCAGCGAGUUACAAUGCGUCUUUCAGGGUGUUGAGCGCUCCGCCACAGCCAUGGUGCAACUUCGCCGGUCGUCCCGAAGCGAAAUGAGUCUCUGCUGAGCGCCGAAACCGAGUCCCUCUUGACGGGGGGAGAGCGAACAUGAAGAAGUCGAGCGCCGUGCUCUCCGUUGUCGGCUUGACUGGGAAAUGGUAGCGAGCUGUGGGAACCGCACUGGGAAGGACCAUGGUCGAGAGGAGCAGCAAAUUCUUGUUGAUCGUCGUCGGAUCUGUGUGCUUUAUGCUGAUUCUCUAUCAGUACGUGGCUCCCGGGGUGAUCAAUUUCGGCUCCCCGCAUGGUUAUUUCACGGAGGAGGACGAGGUGGACAUCUUCCCCACUCCGGACCCCCACUACGUUAAGAAAUACUACUUCCCCGUCAGGGACCUGGAGAGGACGAUCGAUUUCCAAAUCAAAGGGGAGGACGUGAUCGUGUUUCUGCACAUCCAGAAGACCGGCGGGACUACCUUCGGCCGGCACCUGGUGCAGAAUGUGCGCUUGGAGGUGCCGUGCGACUGCAGACCGGGGCAGAAGAAGUGUACCUGCUACCGGCCGAACCGCAAGGAGACCUGGCUCUUCUCCCGCUUCUCCACCGGCUGGAGCUGCGGCUUGCACGCCGACUGGACCGAGCUCACCAACUGUGUUCCGGGGGUCCUCAACAAGAAGGAAAGCAAGCAGAAAAGUCUGAGGAAGUUUUACUACAUCACUCUCCUAAGGGACCCCGUGUCCCGCUACCUCAGCGAGUGGAGGCACGUGCAGCGAGGGGCCACGUGGAAAACGUCACUGCACAUGUGCGAUGGACGGACCCCGACCCUAGAAGAGCUGCCCUCCUGUUACGAGGGCUCCGAUUGGUCGGGGUGCACUCUGCAGCAGUUCAUGGACUGUCCGUACAACCUGGCCAACAACCGGCAGGUUCGUAUGUUGGCAGACUUGAGUCUCGUCGGCUGCUACAACAUGUCCACCGUCCCGGAGAAGAAGAGGUCCCAGCUCCUGCUGGAGUCGGCCAAGAAGAACCUGCGUGACAUGGCCUUCUUCGGUCUGACGGAGUACCAGAGGAAAACCCAGUUUCUGUUUGAGCGCACCUUCAGGUUGCGCUUCAUCAGGCCGUUCAUGCAGUACAACAGCACCCGGGCUGCAGGCGUGGACCUGGAUAACACCACGAUCCAGCGUAUCGAGGAGCUGAACGAGCUGGACAUGGAGCUCUACGACUACGCCAGAGACCUUUUCCAGCAGCGCUACCAGUUCACCCGGCAGCAGGAGAGGCGGCAGCAGCGCUUCAAGAGCCACAUGCAGCAGAGCCACCAGGGCCUGGGCGUCAGCCUGUGGCCCUCCCGCAGCCAGCAGAACCUGGUGCUGACGUCGGAGGACAGUGAAGGGGGGAAGGAGGAGCGGGAGGAAGGCGAAGAGGGAGGAAGAACAGAGGAGGCGGGCAGCAGACUCCCCACCGAGGACUACAUGAGCCAGAUCAUCAAUCGCUGGUAGCAACAGAGAGAGGAGAAACAACAGACUUGCGUCUGUCGUGUGAAUACAAGUACAUGCAAGCGUCUGCAUACAAGACCCAAAGGAAUGAUGGACGAAUAAACGGACUUUCCAGAGAGUCCAGCUGUGGAAAUCCAAGUGGGUUGCCAUAGAAACCGAAGCCUGGUCAAUUGCGUCAGCUCUCAUUACCGAGGUUUGACCAGUUGUUGCGAGACCCAUUUGCCCUUACCCCCCCUCUCUUUGCAUUUCUCUGUCCAUCAUUACAUCACUAUUUUUGGGGGGGGGGGUCAUUUUUAGACGAUCCUGACAAACCAGGUCUCUUGCCUUCUCCUGAGUUCCUUCUCUGUGGCCCGAUGUGGAACCUGAGAGACACUGAGAACAAGUCUGUGAAUUCCCCAGUAAUCCUCGCGCCGCAGCACAAAACAAAAAAAACCUGGGAAAGCCAUGAAAGUGAGCUGAUAGCUUUGAACAAAUCGAAGGGUGGGAGAACACGAGAGACUCCGCCGGGAAAAGUUGGACUCAGUUGUUUAAGAGAAGCUUUUUGCUUUCAUAAAUCAGCCAUUUCAUCCCAGAAAAUGCUUUGGCCCUGAAAUAAUCUCGUUUUUAAGGAGGAUUUUAGUUUGUGCUUUGUUAAAAGCAGAAUUGUAAAAACUCUAAAGACCAACGUUGCUGCCUAAAUAUUCCUUUUAUUUCUGCUUUUUUUUUUAAUUUGUUUUAUAAGUCAAAAGGAUUGGACGGAUGAACAAAUGAACGGACCAUAGCCAUUACUGAAGCCUUGCUUAGUGCGGCGGAGCUCGCCUGUGUUUCUGUUAAAGGUUUCCCAAAGCUACUGUUGCUUAACAAGUUCAUCAUUUCUCCUUUUUUUUUAAGGGGGUGGUCUUGAUCCUGCAGAGAAUGGCAUCCAAUUACAGUGCUGAGUCUCACAUAGGUGCAGAGACAUUAAAGGCAAUGGGGGGGGUUCUGCAGUGGGUUGUUGCCAGGAACUGUGCAGCGAGAGCAGCAAGCGCUUUGGAAGCCUUAACUCAGACAAAAAGCUGGAGAUUGGAGCUGCGGAACUACCGGUCACCAUGGCAAUGUGAGCUCUUAAUGUAGUGGGUGGCCUUUUUAGCCCUUUUUUUUUCUUUUUUCUUAAACUGCAUUUUAGAAGCUGCAGUCUCAUAAAGUCUCCUCCCGACCUACAGAAAGGGCAAACACAGAAGCACUGGUGGCCUGUAGUUCAUUAAUGUGAUCUGUCUUUUAGCUGGUUUCACUCUGACGAGCGAGGCAGCAGAGUGCCUCUUUGUUCUGGGAUCAUAGUCAAACGUAAUUAUUGCCAGAUACUAUGUCUGCAUUAUACUACAAGUAAUUUCUCUUGACUACUUGUGAGUCCGUGUGUGAGUGUGUAAAUAAUCUGUACAGUAUGCCUGUUGGGCAUAAGUGUAUGCCUUUGUAAAUAGUGUGCCUGACUGACAGAGGAUGUCUGCUGAGAGCGGCUGGUUUCAUGACCAAUUAUCUUUUUCCUUUGGUUCUGUUUGCUGGUGGAGGCUGCACAACAAAGUUCCUCCAAAAGCAGCGAUGCAAGCUAAUAAUUACCUCCCCUGUUUGUUCAUUAUUUUCUUAUUUCUUCCAAAACCUCAUCCAUAACUUUGAUUUAUUUUUUUUAUUUUUUAUUUUUCCAGAAGUUUGCAGGUCUAAAUUGACUCAGUUUUGAUUUGGUCAAGCAGUUCUCCUUAUGCAAACCUUCCAGGGAAUUCCAGAACAUCAUUUUCUUUUUUGAAUUUGUUACCCAGCUGCUCGUCUUAUCUUCAAAAGUAUUUAUAUUAUCCCACAGGGGUCAACCUGUUUACUCAGACUGAUAAAUGUUUGCUCCGGGCAAAGCCAAAGUAAAGCUGUAGACCGUGCCAGGUGUUGGCAAAGAUUGGCUAGCCGGUUUAGCCCGGGGUGAACAUUUCCCUCACUUUUGCUGCAAAUAGAUCCCUAUGAUAACUGAGUAAUCUGGUAACGCAACCUGUUUAUUAGGAGACAAAUCCAAAAAAUAAAAGUAAAAUUUUAGCGAAUCGCAGAAUGUGCAAAGUGAUGAGAUAAAAAAAUUGUUUAUCUUUGGCAGUUGGUCGGCAUAUAAGCUACAAUAAAACAAAAAAAGUGACUUUUUUAUUAUAAUUGCUUCAGACAAAGCCAUUCAUGCUACUGAUGACCCAUGAUAGAGUAUAAAUUUAAGAGCUUCAUUGUUGAUUACAUUUUUUUUUAACAUUUACAUUUUAUGAGUCGCUGGAAAAGAGGCUGAAUUAGAUGCAACGAGGGAAACGAUUCAGAUUCAAAAGUGGAUUUGAGUUGGAUUCAUUUCCCUCGAUGCUUUUUAGCAACGGAGAGCAAUAAAAAAAAAGUCAGCAAGCAAAGAAGGUAAAAGUGGGACAAGAAGAAGACAAAAAGGAUCUAAUUUAAACUGAAUGUAGCCCAGGUCAGUGUCAUCAGAUGAUGCAUGCAACCUACUUCCUUUUUUCAGUCUUUUUUUUAAAUGUAUUUUUGCAUCCUGUUGUCAAACUGCAUAUUCCUCAAAAAAAACAGCUAUUGUAUUUGAAACCCUCCAAUCAACUUCUUUUUAAAUCAUUUAAAAGGGAGAAAAAAGAUGGAUGAUGAGGGCUCAUCCAGUUCUAUGUCUCUAAAAUAAAUGAAACAUUUUAUAAGAACAGAGAUACUCUCGUAUUUAGACUGCAUCAGUCCCACCCUCAAUGUGUUUAGUUGAACUGAAGGCUUGAAACACCUCAAUAACUUUAGUUUUUUAGAGUUAGGCUUACAGACGGUUGUGCUUAGACCCCAGAAACUUUAAAUUAUGGCGUUUUUACAAAUCUGCUGUUCAUGGCUAUGAUGUUUUCUUUUCAGCAUUCCAGUUUCAGGUGAUAUAAAGAUGCUAAAUCCUGCUCCCGAUCAGUGUUUGAAAGUAAUAACACUCUCUGACUGAUGCAGUAAUGACACAUUUAAUGAUUUAAAGUCAUCACUGUGUGUAUCUGGUGUCUUAAGCAAUUCUUUUUGUGACAGUGAAGCCUUGCAGGUGUCACCAACUUCCUCCCUUUUUAAUGAUCUGUGAAGAGAGUGCGAUAAAGAUUUAUGUUUUUGGAUUUGUGUCGGGUCUGUCCCUGCUUUCUGCUGUAUGAAUCUCUCUGGGUUUGUUUCCUAUGAUUGCAAAAAUGAAACCUAAAAACCACCAAUUAAAAUAUUUCAUUUUUACAGAC